GAUUGGGGGAAAGGGAUGCAGUUAAUGAUUCAGAAGAAUUUUCUGCUUUGGCAACCUAGAAAAUGGAGAAAAAUGUCCAUUUUCUGUUCCUGUUUAUCUCCACAGAUGGAUCUUUCGCUCGUGGCUUUUAGGCUGUUGGAUUAUCGAUGGUGCUGACUGUAUGGUUUUAAUGUUCAUUUUUCAUUUGGAUAUCAAACAUGAAGCCAGUGACUUUCCAUGUAAAGUGGCCAAACAUCCUAGGAACAAAAAUCGCAACAGGUACAGAGAUGUAAGCCCCUUUGACCACAGCCGAAUUAAGCUGCAGCAAGGUGACAAUGAUUAUGUCAAUGCAAGUUUGAUAAAAAUGGAGGAGGCACACAGAAGUUACAUCCUUACACAGGGUCCGCUUCCAAAUACUUGUGGUCACUUUUGGGAGAUGAUUUGGGAACAGAAAAGCCGUGGCGUUGUCAUGCUUAACAGAGUGAUGGAAAAGGGAUCUAUAAAAUGUGCGCAGUAUUGGCCACAAAAAGAGGAGAAAGAAAUGUUCUUUGAAGAUACAAACUUCACAUUAACCUUAAUAUCAGAAGAUAUAAAAUCCUAUUAUACAGUCCGAGAAUUAGAAUUGAAGAACCUCAUAACGCAUGAAACACGAGAAAUCCUGCAUUUUCAUUACACAACGUGGCCUGACUUUGGAGUCCCGGAAUCUCCAGCUUCAUUCCUCAACUUCCUGUUCAAAGUGAGAGAAUCAGGGUCCCUGAAUCCUGAACAUGGUCCCAUUGUAGUGCAUUGCAGUGCUGGAAUUGGAAGAUCAGGCACUUUUUGUCUGGUUGAUACUUGUCUUCUCUUGAUGGACAAAAGGAAAGACCCUUCUUCUGUCGACAUUAAGCAGGUUCUUUUAGAAAUGAGGAAGUACCGAAUGGGGCUUAUACAAACAGCAGACCAGCUUCGCUUCUCAUACUUGGCUGUUACAGAGGGAGCCAAAUUUAUUAUGGGAGAUUCAUCUGUACAAGAGCAAUGGAAAGAACUCUCUAAUGAAGACUUGGAUCCACCACCAGAACAUACUCCUCCGCCUCCAAGGCCACCCAAAAGAACCUCUGAAAUGAAUAAUGGAAGGGUGCCUGAUCAUAUGGAAGUUGUUUCAAAGCAUCCAAGGGCUGAGGAAGACAUCAAGUUCUAUGCAGCCAGCACUUUGGAAACCAGAGUUCUAGAUGGCAGGGUUUGUUCCUCUGAGCAGCAGGGCUUGGAGAGCACUAAUCCAGAUAGUAAGCUUAGGAAGAGAACUGUUGAUGCUUCACCAUGCAAUGAUGAAAUGUUAAAGCCAGAAGAAGAGGAUGAAGAGAACAUGAUGACAACCUGGAAACCAUUUCUUGUCAACAUCUGUAUGUUCACUGUCCUGACAGCAGGUGCAUACCUCUGUUACAGAGUAUAUUUUCAUUGAUGGACAUCCCAUUGGUGGUAUCAGAAUACCAGUAACAUCAGUGGUGUUUCAUUUGUUUCUAUUCAAGAAAGCUAAAGGGGCAACUAAGCCUUAUCCAAGUGGAAAUGUAUGGUAUGUUAGAGAAGCUGGAACUUUGGUUAGGGUUUAAAGAGAAAGUUGAUGCACUAGGGUUUAAUAUUUAGCCCUAGGGUCCCAAGAACAUAAUAUUCUAAUCUCAGGGCCUUAAGAUAUUCAGGAGUAAGCAGAGAAUAUGCCAAAUAAGUCCUGUGUUUUUCAUUUUUUCCUUAUUUUUUAAAAAUGGAAUAAUAAGUUUACAACACAUUGCUGUUUUUCUUUUUUUUAAUAUUUUAAAGCCAGGGGGGUUUUUUGGUUGUUCUUUUGGUGAUUUUUCAGAAAAAGGAAUUAGGCACAAGUGAAAAUUGCCUGUAUUCUCCAAGCAUUUGUAACCAAAUACAUGAUCAGAUUCCUUUAAAAGACCACUGUAUGUCCACACAUACACACCCCUGAAGAAUGUACAGGUUUUUUUUGAGAGAGGGACCUUUUUACUCUUUGCCUUUUUAAAGACUGAUGGCUCAGUCUCUAAAGAACCACUUCUGCAUAGCCUCUAAUAAAUUUGGAUGUUGCUCAGGAGCUCCAGUGAAUGGAUGGAGACUGGACAAUAGAAUUCCCUCCACUCUCAAUUGGAUUGCACCCUGAGUUUUUGGCAGUGCAAAUAAUAUGGGAUGUAUUUUAUUUUUCUCAAAUAGGUUCUUGCUUCAGUAACAAGCUAUAAAUGGGCACCGCUUUUUCUCAGGGCAUCCCAACAGGUCAACGCUAGAAUGUUCUCCCUCCUUUUUGGACAAAAUGAGUUAUUUCUCUCCCCACUCACUGUCAAUGCUCAUUGCUAUAUUGCUAAUCAUCUCUUGCACUCUUAUUUCUGUGUACAUGCCCGUUGCAUUGCACGAUCAACUUUCUAAAAAAUAUUUAACUGUGUAUAUAGUUUCCUAUCCUUAUGGAAAAGAGGAAGGGAAAUGCAACCAGAAUGUCCACCAGCAUUUAUAUCAGAUACUUGCUUUAGAAAGGACCAGUGCGUAAGCUUCAUCAUCCUAUGGAAUGUAAAAUGCAAUUUCAUUCUAGACUUACCAUGUGAAGAAUGUCCUAUGUGUAUUCAAAAUAGAAGAGGAAUACUUUUAAAAUCAUCACUAUCUUAACACACAUGCAACCCUCCUUAAUGUAAAGAUCCAGUAGAAUGUUUCUCAGUAAAGCCCAAGUGCUUAAGUGUUGGGCCAACUGUCCUCUAGAUCUUUUCAAGUUACAAACCACUGUGUUGGUGAUUUUCAGUGUUGUUGUCUUUAUUUUUUAGAACAAAGUUUCCAAGGUUAGCUUUUAUUUGGCUUAAAGAUCAUGCUAUUUAGGAGCCAGGAUUAAGGCUGCAAUCUUAUGCAUCCUUGAGAUUAAGCCCCAUUGAACUCCAUAGUUCUGACUGUUAAUUCAGAUGUGUAAGAUUGCUUGCUUUAUCCGUGAGCCUUCUACCUCUGCUGAAGAGGAAGUUUGCACCCUAACUCAGAACAAAUCUUUUGUUCCAUAUGAAGUUGAAGAGAGAAUUUGUAUUUUAUUUUAUUUUAUUAUUUUAGGUACAGCUUAGCUUGACUGACUGUAGCUGCUAAGAGUAAAAAUUGACCAAUCGCGUGUUUUGUUGUUCAUAAAUAUUAUGACUGGGGAAGUAUGCUGAUGUUGAUAACCCCCUCCCCCCUUUAUAAGCAAUAUAAAUAAUAACAAAAGGGAUCCUUGUUAUAGAGGAAAAAGAGUACUGAAGUUGCAGCUGUUUCAUUAAGAAAAUGACACCCAAUCUACAGUGCAAGUUAUUUGGAAAAUCUGUAUUCUACCUAUAUAGCACUUAAGUAUCAUCCCUUUUUAAAAAUCGGUGAUAUAUCAGGGUCCUCACUCCAUAUUUAUUUUACUUCUCAUUUCCGACCAAAGUUAGCUUUUUCUUCUUUAAACAAAUGAAAUAUUAAAGAAAGGUCUUGGAGAGGGGGAAGGAAGAAAAGGUUGAGUUAAAAGAACAAUUUCAAAAUGAGGCUAGUAUCAAGGUCUUUUCAAAAGUACAAUAAUAAAUCCAUAGGUAGUCCUGAGAAACGUACAGCCCUGCCUAUGAGAAAGAGGAAUUUUGUUAAGCAGUCAAUACUUAGUAAUAAUAUUGGAAACAUGAAAAUAUUGACAUGACUAUAGAAAAUGGCAUAAUAUAUAAUGGCUCAUCUAUGUAUUUUGCUAAUCAGUAUGUGAUUGCUUUGUCCCUUUCACGUUCUGUCCUCCAGUAGAAUAUUAUUCAGACGCAUUUGUAUCACAUUUUUAUUCAAAUGCAUGUAUAAAGUCUCCUAAAAGUGUCCUGAUUGAAAUCCAUGUGCUUGAAAGGUGAACAUAAUUUUUAUAUUUCUGCUUUCUGAUGUGCCCAAUUAUACUUGCAUGAUCUGAUUAUUUAAAUGGCUGUGAUUCCAAGGGUGUUGCUGAAGUGUCUUCAUUCAGCUCAUAGAUUGGUAGGUGUGUGUGUUCUCUUUAAAAAGAAAAAAAAAAAGCCAGGUUGCCUGUAUCUUGCCUAUUAUUUGGCAGUUUUUCUAUGUACACCAUCUAAACCAGAUGUAUAGCACUCUUUCAAUCAAGUAAAUAUAGUACAAACAUUCCAGAGUGUGUACAAAGCCAUAUUCACACCUCUCUCACACACCCUAGUUUUCUAUGGCAAAUUGCUGAAACAUGAGGUGCCAAGACAGGGGCAUUAGCAAGGGGGGCUCAAAAAAGUCAAGAUGGCAGCCACAACCACUCAGUUGAAGGCCCACUCCCUUUUCAUAUGUGCGACACAUUAAAGAAGGGGGUGGGUUCAACCAUACGGGCACAGGUGCCAUCUUAGCUUUUUUUGCUCCCCAGAGAUGCCCCUGUGCCAAGAUACAUUAAAUUGUCUUCUGAUAGUCUGAAGGGAACAGUUAUUUACAAAGGCCUCCAGAAUGAAACUGGGACUGAAAAUCCACGCUUUUCAUUUCAUUAAAAAACAAAGGGAUUGGGGUUAAAAAAUAAAAACUCUUGAUGAUAGAAUUGUAUUGCUCUUCCUCUCCCACAAUGACAUGGUCAACUUCAGAAUGUAUCUCCACAGCAACGUGAUUGUACUAUACUUGAUCUGUCGGGGAGAACUAAAUUUCCUUCACAUUGUCCCAAGACGGCCACGAAAUCCUUUCUGAUUAGAGUGUUCCUCUCAAGCCCGCCAGCAUCACUAUUUGCCUUGAUCAAUUUGAACACAAGAAGUGCUGUAAGAAAUACAGUAGAAAGCCCCCAUAACGUUCAGCGAGGUGUGGAUACGGUUUGUCAUGCUGAACCGUGAGCAUUUUGUUUUGAUGUCCUGUACAUGUAUGUAGUAGUUUGGGGUGUGUAUAUACAGUAGCAUUUCAAAGUGGAUGUAUUGGUUAACCUAUUCUUGGGCGGGGUUGGGGGGGAGGAAAAGAAAAUAUCCAUGUUUAAACUUGUUAGAAAGUUAGUGAGCUGCUCUGCUAUAUGCCUUAAGCAAAUAUUUACUCAUCAGGUCUUUCUUUUUUACCGAUUGCCAUAGAAAACUUUUUUAAGAAAAGAAAUAAAAUAAAAUAAAAACAAGCUAAAUGUUUUGGUAUAAUACAUUUUCAGGUAUAUUGUCUCUUAGGUAAGGCGCUGCAAUGACCUUACAAUUUCAGUAAAACUGUACAGUUUUUCAACUUCCCAUACAAAUUUUCAGUUCUCAUUUUAGCUGCAACAAUAAAAUUCUUUUGUAAAGAAACACAUG